CCCCUCGGCGCACUUCCGUCCCGGGAGACGUCGGACCGGGACUCCUUAACGCCCUCGGCUCAGCCGCCAGCCCCAUGCAGUCUCACCUCCUGCUUCUUGGAGCUCCCGGCGGCCACAGUGCCGCAGCCUCGCGGCGUGUGCGGCUGCUCCUGCGGCAGGUGCUGCGAGGCCGGCCGGGCGCCGCCGAGCAGCGUCUGCAGGUCCGCCUGGUGCACGCCGGGGCGGGGGCCGACACAGGUGAUACAAUUAAUAUUGGAGAUGUAUCCUACAAGUUGAAAAUGCCUAAGAACCCAGAACUUGUGCCACGGAACUACAUUUCAGAACCUCUGGGUCAGUCUGUUAUUCAGCAUCUGAGAUGGAUAAUGCAAAAGGAUCUUUUGGGGCAAGAUAUUUUUCUAAUUGGACCUCCUGGACCUCUUCGACGCUCAAUUGCUAUGCAGUACUUGGAACUGACGAAACGGGAAGUUGAAUAUAUUGCUUUAUCCAGGGACACCACUGAAACUGAUCUCAAACAGCGACGAGAGAUCCGGGCAGGAACGGCGUUUUACAUUGAUCAGUGUGCAGUUCGUGCCGCCACAGAAGGCAGAACUCUCAUUUUGGAGGGCCUCGAAAAGGCGGAGAGGAAUGUUCUCCCUGUACUGAACAACUUGCUGGAAAACAGGGAAAUGCAGCUUGAAGAUGGACGCUUCCUGAUGUCUGCCGAGCAUUACGACAAACUUCUCAAAGAUCAUACCAAAGCAGAGUUGGAUGCUUGGAAAAUCAUCCGAGUUAGUGAAGAUUUCCGAGUGAUUGCUUUGGGCUUGCCAGUGCCCAGGUACUCUGGAAACCCGUUAGAUCCUCCUCUCCGUUCUCGGUUUCAAGCCAGAGAUAUUUAUUUUCUACCCUUUAAGGACCAACUUAAGCAACUGUAUUCAGUGGGAGCCAGUGUCUCUGCUGAGAAAAUUUCUCAGCUCUUGUCCUUUGCCACAACUCUCUGUUCCCAAGAAUCUUCCACUCUUGGACUUCCAGAUUUUCCUUUAGAUAGUUUACCAGCUGCAGUUCAAAUCCUGGAUUCUUUUCCUAUGAUGUCAAUCAAGCAUGCAAUCCAGUGGAUUUAUCCGUACACUAUUUUACUUGGAAAUGAAGGGAAGAUGGCUGUGGAAGGUGUUUUAAAACGUUUUGAACUCCAAGACACAGGAAGCUCUGUGCUUCCUAAAGAGAUUGUAAGAGUGCAGAGGAUGACUGCAGACCGUGUCUCUCAUGCUUGUGUGACUGUCCAAGUUGCAGGAAAAGAAGUGACCAUUAAGGUGCCAGCUGGAACCAGACCAUUAGGUCAAGCUUGUGCAUCAGACCACUUCAUACAGACUUUGAGCCAUAAGCAGCUAUUAGCUGAAAUGAUGCAAUCUCACAUGGUUAAGGACAUAUGUUUAAUUGGAGGAAAGGGUUGUGGGAAAACAGUCAUCGCUAAGAACUUUGCUGAUACCUUAGGAUACAACAUAGAGCCCAUUAUGCUGUAUCAGGAUAUGACAGCACGUGAUCUACUGCAGCAGAGAUACACUCUUCCAAAUGGAGACACUGCCUGGAGAUCCUCCCCACUCGUGAAUGCAGCUAUGGAAGGCAAACUGGUCCUGUUGGAUGGCCUUCAUCGAGUCAAUCCCGGCACACUUGCUGUCUUGCAAAGGUUAAUCCAUGAUCGAGAGCUCAGUCUCUACGACGGCUCUAGGCUGCUAAGAGAAGACAGGUACAUGAGCUUAAAGGAAGAGCUUCAGCUGUCUGAUGAGCAGCUACAAGAGAGGUCUAUUUUUCCAAUUCACCCCUCCUUUAGAAUCAUUGCUUUGGCAGAACCCCCUGUUGUUGGAAGCACAGCACAGCAGUGGCUGGGACCGGAAUUCUUAACCAUGUUCUUUUUCCAUUAUAUGAAACCACUUGUGAAAUGUGAAGAAAUCCAAGUGAUUAAGGAAAUGGUUCCAAAUAUACCUCAGGAAGCUUUGCACAAAUUGUUAUCAUUUACACACAAACUCAGAGAAACCCAGGAUCCAACGGCACAGUCCUUGGCAGCGUCGCUUUCCACCCGGCAACUGUUACGGAUUUCCCGGCGGCUGUCGCAGUACCCUGCUGAAAAUCUGCACAGUGCUGUUACUAAAGCGUGCCUUUCCAGGUUCUUGCCAAGCCUUGCUAAGUCAGCAUUAGAAAAAAAUUUGGCAGAUGCUGCAAUAGAAGCAGGUACUGAUGAUAAUCUGGAACCAGAACUGGAGAAUUUCAAAUGUGAAGUAGUAUCUGGAUCUCUGAGGAUUGGCACUGUUAGUGCACCGAUAUAUAAUGCUCAUGAGAAAAUGAAGGUGCCUGAUGUUCUCUUCUAUGACAAUAUUCAGCACAUGAUAGUAAUGGAAGACAUGCUGAAAGACUUUCUCCUUGGAGAACAUUUGUUAUUGGUUGGCAACCAGGGUGUAGGAAAAAACAAGAUUGUUGACAGAUUCCUUCACUUGCUCAACAGACCCCGAGAAUAUAUUCAGCUGCACAGGGACACCACUGUACAAACACUGACUCUUCAGCCAUCAGUUAAAGAUGGACUCAUUGUGUACGAAGACUCGCCUUUGGUUAAAGCAGUAAGGUUGGGUCAUGUUCUGGUAGUAGAUGAGGCAGAUAAAGCCCCAACAAAUGUCACCUGUAUUUUGAAAACUCUAGUGGAAAAUGGAGAAAUGAUUCUAGCAGAUGGAAGACGCAUUGUUGCAAAUUCCGCUAAUGUGAAUGGAAGAGAAAAUGUUAUAGUGAUUCAUCCGGACUUUAGGAUGAUUGUUCUGGCCAACAGACCUGGAUUUCCUUUCUUAGGCAAUGACUUCUUUGGAACCUUAGGUGACAUAUUUAGCUGCCAUGCAAUUGACAACCCCAAGCCUCACUCAGAGCUUGAAAUGCUCAAAAAGUACGGACCAAAUGUGCCUGAACCCAUCCUUCAGAAGCUUGUGGCAGCGUUUGGUGAGCUAAGGAGUUUGGCUGACCAGGGAAUUAUUAACUAUCCUUAUUCCACGAGGGAAGUCGUCAACAUUGUCAAACAUUUGCAGAAAUUUCCUACUGAAGGUCUCUCCAGUGUGGUUCGAAACGUGUUUGACUUUGAUUCCUACAACAAUGACAUGAAGGAGAUUUUGAUUAAUACUUUACACAAAUAUGGGAUACCUAUUGGAGCAAAACCUACAAAUGUCCACCUGGCAAAGGAGUUGCCUCUGCCAGAGCAGACAUUCAUGGGCUACUGGACAACUGGCCAUGCAAGAGAUGGAAUGCAAAAGCUCUUGUGUCCAGCAGAAACUCAUCUUAUAGAUGUAAAGGGUCCAGUGCUUAUAAACAUACAAGAGUAUCCAAUAGAAAGACAUGAAGAAAGAUCCCUCAGCUUUACUGAGGCGUGUGCCUCCUGGAGGUUACCACUGGAUGAAAUGAAUUUAAUCUGUGACAUUGCUACAUCACAUGAAAAUGAGGAAAAUACUCUGUAUGUAGCUGCAUGCAAUCCUGUUUCCUUAUACUUUAUGAAUAUGACUGGGAAAAGUGGCUUCUUUGUGGAUCUAUAUGAUAUCUUCCCAAGAACGGCCAGGGGAGUUUGGCAUCCAUUUGUGACAGUGGCACCACUGGGAAGUCCUCUCACGGGCCAAGUUAUUCUCCACGAGGAGCAGAGUAAUGUCAUCCUCUUGCUAGAUACCACUGGGCAGACCAUUCGUCGUCUCGUCAUGCCUUUGGAAGAGGAGAUUUCGAAAAGAUCAUCCUGGUGGAACAACGAAGAAAGUGAAGCUUAUAAAAUGUGUAAAGAAUUUUCCCAUAAAAACUGGAUAGUAGUCUACAAAGAAAAAGGGAACAGCUUGACGGUACUGGAUGUUUUGGAAGGGCGAACUCACACCAUCUCACUGCCUAUCAACCUCAGGGCAGUUUUCCUUGUAGCAGAGGACAAAUGGCUUCUGGUGGAGAGCAAAACGCAUCAAAAAUAUCUUCUAACAAAGCCAGCACAUAUUGAAUCUAAAGACAGUGGGGUUUGCCAGUUAUAUGUCUUGAAGGAGGAGCUGCCAAGCACUGGGUUUGGAGUUACCCAAGAAGGAGAAUUUAGCAUACCUCAUAAAGUUUCCAGGGAUCAACUGUCAUCUGAAAAUCUAAGUUCUGCUGUGGGACAAAAGAUUGCCUCUCCCAACCGAAUUCUCUCAGAUGAGAACAGUUAUGCUACCAUAGUUGUUGGUUUUCCAGAUCUCAUGUCACCCAGUGAAGUUUAUUCUUGGAGGAGGCCAACAUCUUUGCAUAAAUCAAGUGUCCCCAGUACAUCAUUCUAUGGAGAGAAGAAAAAACAUAAGACUCCAAAACAGAGCAAUUGUGUGAUUCUUUCAGAUACUAAUCAGGUAGUCAGGAUUUUGCCCCCAGGAGAAGUCCCUUUGAAAGACAUCUAUUCAAAAGAUGUUAACCCUCCACAGACAGCUGGGUAUAUAGAAGUCACUGAUCUUCAAUCAAAGAAACUCCGAUAUGUCCCUGUUCCCAGAUCAGAAUCUCUCUCGCCUUAUACCACAUGGCUAUCAACUAUUUCGGACACAGAUGCUCUGCUGGCUGAGUGGGACAAAAGUGGUGUUGUUACGGUUGACAUGGGAGGUCAUGUCAGGCUUUGGGAAACUGGGCUCGAAAGUCUUCAGCGGUCACUCAUGGAAUGGAGAAACAUGAUUGGACAAGAAGGCGACAGACACAUGCAGAUAACAAUCAACAGAGAUAGCGGUGAGGACGUGAGCUCCCCCAAGCACGGGAAGGAAGACCCAGACAAUAUGCCCCACGUGGGCGGCAAUACUUGGGCUGGUGGAACAGGAGGAAGAGACACUGCAGGAUUAGGGGGCAAAGGAGGUCCUUACCGACUGGAUGCAGGCCACACAGUCUACCAGGUCUCUGACGCUGAGAAGGAUGCAGUUCCCGAGGAGGUCAAGAGGGCUGCAAGAGAGAUGGGCCAGAGAGCAUUUCAACAGAGGCUAAAGGAGAUUCAGAUGAGCGAAUACGAUGCUGCCACCUAUGAAAGGUUUUCAGGUGCUGUCCGACGACAGGUGUCCUCCCUCCGAGUCAUCCUGGAUAACCUUCAGGCUAAAGGUAAAGAAAGACAGUGGCUGAGACACCAAGCUACCGGGGAACUAGAUGAUGCCAAAAUCAUUGAAGGGCUGACUGGAGAAAAAGCCAUCUACAAACGUCGGGGUGAGCUGGAGCCUCAGCUGGGCAGCCCACAACAGAAACCCAAGCGUCUGCGCCUGGUGGUGGAUGUGUCUGGCAGCAUGUACCGCUUCAAUGGGGUGGAUGGCCGGCUGGAACGCUCCAUGGAGGCCGUGUGUAUGGUCAUGGAAGCCUUCGAGAACUAUGAGGAGAAGUUCAAGUACGAUAUCACUGGACACUCUGGAGAUGGCUACAACAUUGGUCUAGUUCCAGUUGACAAAAUUCCAAAGGACAAUAAGCAAAGACUAGAAAUUCUGAAGACAAUGCAUGCCCAUUCACAGUUCUGCAUGAGUGGGGACCAUACACUAGAGGGGACAAAACAUGCCAUCAAGGAAAUUGUCAAAGAAGAAGCUGAUGAGUAUUUUGUCAUAGUCUUGAGUGAUGCAAACCUGUCACGAUAUGGAAUACAUCCUGCAAAGUUCGCUCAGAUCCUGACAAGUGAACCUCAAGUAAAUGCUUUUGCUAUUUUUAUUGGAUCUUUAGGUGAUCAAGCAACCAGGCUUCAGAGAACUCUACCAGCCGGCCGAUCUUUCAUUGCCAUGGACACUAAGGACAUCCCUCGGAUUCUACAGCAGAUCUUCACCUCUACCAUGUUGUCCAAUGUUUAACAAAUGCCCUUUACUACCCUAACGACCUUAGGACUUGAAACAAGAUAGGAAUAAAGAGUAUUCUCAAAAGAAGAUAAAUACAAAGCGAACUCAGGCAGUCACUGUGUAAUUCUGGCAUUUCUGGCUCUUCCUGCGCCUUGUCUGGUAAUCAGAAUUCAGAAGAGUAACCAGGGGACUGGCACAUGGAAACGGACAAUCACUGAGGGGUCUAGAAGUCCUCAGAAGAAUCGAUUUUAUAAAAGGUCGGGGUUAAAAAGGCAGUAAAGAAUUGCAGUGUUUGGCCUUAUUUUUUCCAGUAGGAAAAGUGACUCUAUCAAACUGAGCCUUUGAGGCCACAUUUUCAUGUUGUACUUAAAUCUCUGUACAUGCCACCUACCAUGUUUUUGUCUAGUGAGUAUCUUUAUUUUCUCCCUUCUGUAUUAUCCAGCAAACAGUUUUUCCCCCCAGCGGGUAGUUAACCCACUGAAAAAUUGUUCCAACAGCAGUAUUUUAUAAAGGUUGGAUUUUCUCAGUAAUUCCAUUUUCUUGACCAAAGCCAAAAGGAAUCAAAAGAUCGUUAGCAUGCUUGCUUUCCCAAGUGACUUCUAAAAAACCCUUUUAGUAAUGAAGAGCAAAUGUCUGAUUCUUUCUACUGCCUGAGCGAGUGGAAGGAUAAAGAUUUCUUGACUCAAAUAACUGCUUUUUAUUCUUCUAAUGCUUCUCAAAAUUUCCCCACUACUGUGUUUUGAUGUUUAAAACAGUAGUCAAAAUAGCAAAUGCUUGUACGACAAACUAUUUAUUGAAAACAUUCACAUAGAAAUUACUUAAACGUAAAGUAAAAGGCAGAAUGCUUGAA